AUGAAAAACUCUAGAGACCUCGCAGAGAAGUUGGUGCCAGAGUUGGAGACACUGACUACCUCGGCAGGCAGCGAUGCCAGUCCCUCGGCAGGCAGCGAUGCCAGUCCCUCGGGAGGCAGCGAUGCCAGUCCCUCGGGAGGCAGUGAUGCCAGUCCCUCGGCAGGCAGCGAUGCCAGUCCCUCGGGAGGCAGUGAUGCCAGUCCCUCGGCAGGCAGUGAUGCCAGUCCCUCGGGAGGCAGUGAUGCCAGUCCCUCGGCAGGCAGCGAUGCCAGUCCCUCGGGAGGCAGCGAUGCCAGUCCCUCGGCAGGCAGUGAUGCCAGUCCCUCGGCAGGCAGAGAUGCCAGUCCCUCGGCAGGCAGAGAUGCCAGUCCCUCGGCAGGCAGCGAUGCCAGUCCCUCGGCAGGCAGCGAUGCCAGUCCCUCGGGAGGCAGUGAUGCCAGUCCCUCGGCAGGCAGAGAUGCCAGUCCCUCGGGAGGCAGUGAUGCCAGUCCCUCGGGAGGCAGCGAUGCCAGUCCCUCGGCAGGCAGUGAUGCCAGUCCCUCGGCAGGCAGUGAUGCCAGUCCCUCGGGAGGCAGUGAUGCCAGUCCCUCGGGAGGCAGCGAUGCCAGUCCCUCGGGAGGCAGUGAUGCCAGUCCCUCGGCAGGCAGAGAUGCCAGUCCCUCGGCAGGCAGCGAUGCCAGUCCCUCGGCAGGCAGCGAUGCCAGUCCCUCGGGAGGCAGCGAUGCCAGUCCCUCGGCAGGCAGCGAUGCCAGUCCCUCGGCAGGCAGUGCUCUCGCGUCCACGUGGCCGGUGUUGGGACACGUGUGCUGGACCUUAACUCAAAAUAAGUCGCAGCUUAUAAUUUUGUUUCAUAAAGGCACCAGGAAACGCAGCAGAAACGCUAUGUUAGUAAAUAUAUCGUCAGCCAGGAACAUGAUAAAAUAG